GCGCACAAGUGGGCGGGCUCUAGUGGCGCGGCCUGAGGGCGGCGGGAGUCUGUAAUCGCUCUUUUGGUGGUGGCGCACGCGGCUCGCACGCUCUGCGGGGAAAUAUGGCGGAUGUUGAAGUGUUUACUUUGCCAAAGAAGCAUAAAAAGAAAAAAGAGCCCAAGUCAUUACCAGAAGAAGAUGUUGCAGAAAUUCAACAUGCUGGAGAAUUUCUUAUCAAACCUGAAUCCAAAGUGGCUCAGUUGGACACAUCUCAGUGGCCCUUGUUGCUAAAGAAUUUUGAUAAGCUAAAUAUAAGGACAACACAUUAUACACCUCUUCCUUGUGGUUCAAAUCCUCUGAAGAGAGAGAUUGGGGAUUAUAUCAGGACAGGUUUUAUUAAUCUUGACAAGCCCUCCAACCCCUCUUCCCAUGAGGUGGUGGCCUGGAUCCGACGAAUACUUCGUGUGGAAAAGACAGGACACAGUGGUACUCUGGAUCCCAAGGUGACUGGCUGUUUAAUCGUGUGCAUAGAACGAGCCACUCGCUUGGUAAAAUCACAACAGAGUGCAGGCAAAGAGUAUGUGGGAAUUGUCCGGCUGCACAAUGCUAUUGAAGGGGGGACUCAACUUGCUAGGGCCCUAGAAACUCUGACGGGUGCCUUAUUCCAGCGACCCCCACUUAUUGCUGCAGUAAAGAGGCAACUCCGAGUACGGACCAUCUAUGAGAGCAAAAUGAUUGAGUAUGAUCCUGAAAGAAGAUUAGGAAUCUUUUGGGUGAGUUGUGAGGCCGGCACCUAUAUUCGGACGCUGUGUGUACACCUUGGUUUGUUACUGGGAGUUGGCGGUCAGAUGCAGGAACUUCGGAGGGUUCGUUCUGGAGUCAUGAGCGAGAAGGACCACAUGGUGACAAUGCACGAUGUGCUUGAUGCCCAGUGGCUGUAUGAUAACCACAAGGAUGAGAGUUACCUGCGGCGAGUUGUUUACCCUUUGGAAAAGCUCUUGACAUCUCAUAAACGGCUGGUUAUGAAAGACAGUGCAGUGAAUGCAAUCUGCUAUGGGGCGAAGAUCAUGCUUCCAGGUGUUCUCCGAUAUGAGGACGGUAUUGAAGUCAAUCAGGAGAUUGUGGUCAUCACCACCAAAGGGGAAGCAAUCUGCAUAGCUAUUGCAUUAAUGACCACAGCAGUGAUCUCUACCUGUGACCAUGGGAUAGUGGCCAAGAUCAAGAGAGUGAUCAUGGAAAGAGACACUUACCCUCGGAAGUGGGGAUUAGGUCCAAAAGCAAGUCAGAAGAAGCUGAUGAUCAAGCAGGGCCUUCUGGACAAGCAUGGCAAGCCCACAGACAGUACGCCCGUCACCUGGAUUCAGGAGUAUGUUGACUACAGUGAUGUUGUGAAGACCGAGGUGGUUGCCGAACCAGUAAAAACCCCAAAGGUGCAGAAGCGGAAGCGAGAGAGUGAAAGUGACGAGACUUCACCAGCAUCUCCACAGCUCAUCAAGAAGGAAAAGGAAAAGAAGAAGAAGAAGGAUAAGAAGGCCAAAGCUGCUCUGGAGAGUGCAGGAGAGCCAGGAGAUGGGGACAGUGAUACCACCAAAAAGAAGAAGAAGAAGAAGAAAAUAAAAGCAGAAGUAGUUUCUGAGUAGUGGAGAUCACUUUAAGCACUGUGUUCACCUGGGAGGAGAAAUUAAAGCCUUAUAAAGAAAACGUAGUUCCUUUUGUUCUUGAGGGAAUGGAACAUAGGUCCCAGAAAGGGUGGAGAGCUGAGGCACGUUUUAGCUGCUGUCUGAGACCUUGGUGAUACUACCUGGUGUGGUCAUCCCAUCUUGUCCUGUUUUAAGGAUAUGGGUUCAGGAGGCAGAUCUGACACCACCCACUUCUCUGCUUGGGAGUGGGGAAGCCUCAUCUUCAGACCAGCACUGCCCAGUAACCAACCAUGUGUACUGUUUUCUAAUGGCCAUUUUAACAUCAUUGUCAUUUACUCAUUUGCUUCUGCCACUCCCCCACACCCCUCUGUUUAAAAAGUUUGUAAAAAUUGCACAGUGAAAUGGCCUAGAGCAAGUAAAAGAAUGUAACACCCAUGUUUACUGGACGGGGGGAUGGUAAAUCUCCGAUGUGCUAUGAGGACAGUGGUCUAUUCUGGUGUCAGCCACUUUUCUAACCGCAUGGAUCUCCCACAUAAAGGCCUGAUAAGUACUCGAUCUUUCAUCUGAAAGGCUAUUUCCGAUCCCUCUGGCCUAAUAGUUCGUGUACUUAUGCUUGUGUGUACAGACAGCCUCAUGUACCGAAGUCCAUCUAUCUACUUGUGUAUGUGACAGAAUUCAAAAUGUAUUCUCUGUUUUUACCCUCUUUCAAAGGAUGCAAUUAUUUGUUGCUGGAAGAAGGUUGUAAUUU